UUUAUUGCUUAUGAUUUUCGUACACUAUAAAGAAAACAAUUUUUUUAUUUGAAUUUAAAUUCUUAAUUGUUAAAAAAGAAAUAUUUUCCACCCAUUUUCCGGUCAGCAAACUUCACAUAAAUUUUAAAGGCCAUAUUUCAGCGUUGGCCUGAUGGCCUGUAUAUUUCCGGAUGUUUAGAUAAACUGCUUGAAUAUGCUACAGAUAAAAGAAGAUUCAAACAUUCUCAUUCAUUUAGAAUCUACACUAUAUACAGCUAUACAAGCUAUAUAAGAAACCGGAACUAUUGAUUAUAAUGAUACUUCCUGAUUUUGACCCCCUUAAACCUAAUGGAACCCGUAUUGAAACCGAACACUCUAAAUAUAAUGAAACCCCUCCUGAAUCCGAAUCCUCUAAAGAUAAUGGAACCCGUCUUGAAUCAGAACCCUCUAACGAUAAUGGAACCCGUCUUGAACCCGAACCCUUUAAAUCUAGAGGAACCCCUCCUGAAUCAGACCCCUCUAAAGAUAAUGGAACCCGUCGUAUUGAACCCGAACCCUCUAAAUCUAAUGAAACUCCUCCUGAAUCCGAAUCCUCUAAAGAUAAUGGAACCCCUCCUGAAUCCGAACCCUGUAAAGAUAAUGGACCCCAUCUUGAAACCGAACAGCCUUCAGAAACUAAAUUAUCUGACUCGGAGAGCCCAGAGAGAAAACGAAAAAUAGGACUUGCAAACCUCUUUUGGAAAGAAAAUAAUCCUGAACUGACCCGUCUUGAAUCCUUCCUCGACGAUAAUCCUCUGUUUUUCCACAACUACCUGGUUCGAAAAGGAACUGCAAUGAUGAUAGACGCCUGGAUGGCCUGCCAUGUCUCCCCCGGGUCCACGGAGGAGGAGGAGGACGGGGAGGAGAGGGAGGAUGAACUAAAUUCUCUCCCCAGGUUUCAAAUUAGCUCCUGCUCUGGGUCCGGCGGAGCUACUCCGGUCAGGAAGGUUUCAGCACAUGAGUUUGAGAAGGGGGGUCUCAACAAACCUAUGGUUACAACAGUCGAUGGAACUCCAACCUUUCUCUCACUUCCAUCAAACUCCAAUGAACUGACUGGACAGAUUAGGAAAAAGUCUAGAAUGGACAUGAACUCCUUUAACGAAUCCGAACUAAUUCUUGACCUCAUCAAGGAUAUCAGUAACGAGCUAGACGUCAAGAGCCUGUGCCAUAAGAUCUUGCAAAACGUUGGAAUACUAACGGAGUCAGACCGUUGCUCUCUUUUCCUGGUUGCAGGGGACCCGGAUACUAGUUCUCAGUACCUUAUCUCGAACCUGUUCGAUGUGAGCUCCUCGUCCACCGUGGAGGAGGUUGGUCCUAAAUCACUUGAAACUGCCCCGGUUUCUAGACGGGAGAUUCGGAUAAACUGGGGCCAGGGGAUUGUAGGUUAUGUAGCUCAGACCGGAGUAAGCUGUAAUGUUAAGAAUUGUUACGAGGAUCCUAGGUUUAAUCAAGAUGUGGACGCUAUGACAGGAUAUAAAACCCGGUCGAUGAUGUGUAGUCCCAUAAAGGAUUCAAGUGGAGAGGUGAUCGGUGUUGCUCAGGUCAUCAACAAGAGCAGCAGCUCCAACGGUGGAGAGUUUGACGACAACGACGUGAUGUUAUUUGAAAAGUAUCUUACAUUCUGUGGUAUCGGACUCCGUAAUGCUCAAAUCUAUGAACGGUCUCAGCUGGAGGUGAAGAGGAACCAGGUUCUCCUGGAUCUAGCAGGAGUUAUCUUCCAGGAGCAGUCAACCCUGGAGACAACCAUUCUCAGAAUACUCACACAUAUGCUCUGCCUGAUUCAGUGUGAGCGCGCUAUGCUCCUUCUCGUCAACGAAGAGUCUCAGUCGACCUUUAGUCAGAUAUACGACCUAGCCCAGGAGGAUUUAGAGCAGGAUGGAGGGGAAAGAAGAAAGAAAGCAUUUCAGAAUCGGUUUCCCAUCAAUGCUGGGAUUACAGGAUACGUAUCCUCUACUGGAGAAAUAGUAAAUAUCAAGAACGCGUACGAGGACGCCAAGUUUGAUAAAGGGGUGGAUGAAAACUCUUCGUUUAAGCACAGAACAAUCCUAGCAAUGCCAAUCAAGCACUCCAGCAGUCCUGGUAAGGUCUUGGGAGUAUUUCAGCUGGUCAACAAGUUUGAUCAACUUCCCUUCACGUCCAACGACGAGAACUUUGUUGAAGCCUUCGCCCUGUUCUGCGGGAUGGGAAUCAACAAUGUCAAGAUGUACGAGACAGCAAUGCAGGCCAAGGCCAAGCUCCAGGUAACUGUCGAGGUCCUCUCUUAUCACGCUCUAGCCCCAGAAAAGGAAGGAGAGGAAUUCUCGAAGAUGCAGCUGCCGAGUGCACUAUCAAACAAUCUUCAUUCAUUCCAGUUCGAUGAUUUCUCACUGAGCGAACCAGAGACCUUGAAGGCCUCACUGCGGAUUUUAGUGGAUUUGGACUUGAUAAAUAGAUUCCGGAUUGAUUACAGGACUCUCUGCAGAUGGAUGUGCAGUGUACGGAAGAAUUACAGGGAUAUAACCUACCAUAACUGGAGACAUGCCUUUAAUGUUUGCCAGCUUAUGUUUGCAAUGAUUAAAGCUUCGCAAUGUUGGAAGGAGCUCGGAGAGACUGAAUGCCUGGGAUUGAUAUUGGCCUGUCUUUGCCACGACCUGGAUCAUCGUGGAACUAAUAACUCAUUCCAGUUAAAGGCGAGUAAUUCUCUAGCUCGCCUAUACACUACCUCAACCAUGGAGCAUCAUCAUUUUGAUCAGUGCCUCAUGAUUACAAACUCUAAAGGACAUCAGAUACUUUCAAACCUAUCCCAGGUCCAGUUUAAGAGCGUUCUCAAGGUUCUAGAGGAUUGUAUCCUGUCUACUGAUCUUGCUCUGUAUUUCAAGAGAAGAAAGGAAACCGUGGAGAUGGUUAAACGAGGCAUCAACUGGAAGGAUGAACAGGAUCGAAUACUAUACCGUGGGUUGAUGAUGACCGCCUGUGAUCUUGGAGCGAUCACUAAGCCCUGGCCGAUCCAGAGAAAGAUCGCUCAACUAGUCACAACAGAAUUCUUUGAUCAGGGUGACCUGGAGAAACAAGAACUGCACUUGGAACCAAUACCGAUGAUGGACCGGGAACGGUUUGAUGAGUUACCGAAAAUGCAGCUCAGCUUUAUUGAUGAGAUCUGUAAACCUGUUUACGAAUGUCUUUCGGGUGCCUCGGCGGGACUUAAACCUCUUCUAGAAGGAUGUGAAUCGAACCGGAAGAGAUGGUCGGAGCUCGCGGAAACUCCGAACUGGAAACUUGUGAUAGAGCAGGAGGAGGAGCAGGAGAGAAUAGAAAAGGAAAAAAGGGAUGCAGAGGAGAAAGUGAGAAAGGACGCGGAAGAGAAAGAAAGAAGAGAGGCGGAACAUAUAAAAGAGGCGGACGAGAAAGCGUCGGAGAAAAUUAAAUUUGAGAACCAGAGAUUGAGUAAGGUUGAGAAAAUGAACAAUGUGAAAAUGUAAAAAUUGUGAACAUGGUGAAUUGAACUGAGAACUGGACUUAAACCUGUCUUUCGUGAGUUUGAACCUGUUUCAAGGUUUACAAUUUACUGAACAGCACGCUACAUUCGUCUCAUUGGACGAUUGUUUUUUUAAUCUAGGAAUAAUACUGAAACCAUGACCUCAAUAGAUUUGAAAGUGAUGUGCUAACUCAUGUUUAAUCAGUACAUCGGCACAAGACAAAUUCUGAAUGAGAAAGAAAAGGGGGGAGGGAAAACUUUAUGAUUGGAUUAGAUUUGGUGGAAAGUUUUACUAACUUGCAAAGUAAAGUUUUCCGUUGAACAUUCAGAAAACUCUUUAUUAGAAUGUUGGGGACAUUUCUCUAUCAAUAUUUUUACUCUUUUAACCAGAGAGCACAUGAAAAUAUAUCUAUUUAGCAUAAUUUAUCUUAACUUAUCAUUUAUCAAUCCUGCCAGCAAGAAUAUUCAUCCAGCUCUGAACAGAGAGAAACGCGGUUUCCCUGUCCACUCUUUCAAAAAAGUUAAAUUUGCUAAUUCAAUGUUUCUAGAUUUUAAUUGUUUUUAUCACAGCAAAAUUGUAAUUUUAUGUCAAUAAAACUGUUCUUGUACAAACCGCA